CAUCAGAUCCGAAACAUGGAUCAGCCAGGUUAUCUUAGUGGACAGACUGAUUUUUCCAUGUUGGGUCAGAAAAAUAUUUCAACUUUAGGUGAAUUUCUAUACAAUAUGAAGGAUAAAACCAGCGAGAAUGCUAAGCGAUCUGUUGGAAUUGCGUCUGCACGAAUGAAUCCACACCAAGCUGAUUGUAAAUUCGUAGUCGGGACUGAAUCUGGAGGAAUUCUUAUCUGCCAUAUCGGCGAAUGUGAUUCCAAAGCGAUCCAAUCAGAUAAGAGGCAUGAACUUGACCUAGAUUCUCCAGUUAGGUUUGCCUUAUCCAGACAUUAUGGCUAUAUCAAUUCAUUAGAUUGGUCUGCCUUUCAUCCAAAUCUUCUGGUGUCAAUUAUUAAUUCACGAACCUUGCAGCUUUAUCAUACGCUCAGAAAAUCACCCUUGGCUAGCCUCACAACCGAUCUCGGUGGUCUUACCUGCAUUCGAUUUUGCCCAACUUCACCAUGUCUUCUCGCCGUGACCAGUGAGAAUAGUGUUGUCUCCUUAUAUCGCAUUUGCUGCAACUAUGGUGAAGCGGAGUAUGAUAUUGAACUAGACACAGGUGACCACAACAGUGAACAAGAUUCAACCAUCACCAGUACCGAAAGCAGACUUGAUUCUGAGGUCGGAGUAGAACCGCAAAAACCCACUUUCAGUCUACGUCUGGUGCGUCAAUUAUGUAUUUCGAACGGCAUAGCGACUAGAACUUCGACAGCAUCGGGUGUGAGGAGUGAAACCAGCAGUGCCCGAGUACGACAAACGGAAGAGGAAGAAAAUUCUAUGGAUUUUCCAGUGGCAAAUAAGGGAGAUGAUAUUCAAAGUGUUCAAGGCGAAGCCAGCUACGCUGCACCUUUGUUAUGUGCAGAAUUUAAUCCUGUUGAGUAA